AGCGCCAAAGGCCUUCAGACCCAGCAGCUAAAACGUGCGAUGCUCGCCCUCAAAAAGCAAAUAAGAUUCAGCUCGUUCGGCAUCGCCACGGCUGGCCUGCUUUCUUCCGCUCCCACCGAGAACCCCGUCAUGUUUCUGGACAUCCAAGCGGACGGCGAACCGCUGGGAAGAAUAACGAUCCAGCUCAAUGCAGAUGUUGUGCCAAAAACUGCAGAGAACUUCAGAGCAUUGUGUACAGGCGAACAUGGCUUCGGCUACAAGGGCUCAGUGUUCCACAGGAUUGUACCAGAGUUCAUGUGCCAGGGAGGAGAUUUCAUCAAACAUAACGGUACUGGAGGGAAAUCCAUCUACGGGAAAACCUUCAAGGAUGAAAACUUUAAAUUAAAGCACACAGGAGCAGGGACUGUCUCCAUGGCCAACACGGGACCAAACACCAACGGCUCUCAGUUCUUUAUCUGCACCACCAAAACCGAUUGGCUGGAUGGCAGACACGUGGUGUUCGGUCAGGUGACGGCAGGCAUGGACGUGGUCACUAAAAUGGAGUCUUUCGGUUUGCACGACGGCGGCGUGUUGAAGGAAAUCGCAGUGUUGGAUUGCGGCCAGUUGAAAUACUGCUGCCUUUUAACAGAGUGACAGGUGAUUAGAUAAGCAGGCCCAGGUGGGACCAUCUACGCACCUGUCGCUGAUCUCGCAGCCGGCCCUGGCACACCCCGCUUCGCUGCAGGUCCGCAGGCCACGCCCCCCUCCACAGGUGUUGUUUCUAGUGUAGAUCGCUCUAAUAAUCUUUAAAAAAAUUAUUUAGAAGGUCGUGGUUAGAGUGUCCGCCCUAAGAUCGGUAGGUCGUGAGUUCAAACCCCGGCCGAGUCAUAUACCAAAGACUAUAAAAAUGGGAGCCAUUACCUCCCUGCUUGACAUUCACACACAAAAUCAUGGGUACUUUAAUUUUUUAACUUUAAUAAACACGUUUUUUUGUGGGUUUUUUUGCUUUAACAAUAAUACAUUUGGAUUUAUAAUUAAUGAUUCCUGCUUAGCGGAAAUGAAUUUACCGCGAUCAUGUCUGGAAUUGAUUAACAGCGAUAAAUGAGGGACUGUAAAACACUGUGUUGCAACUUGCUUGUGUAUGAAAAGUAAUAGUCAUAAAUAAAGUUUUUUGAUUGAUUCCUUGGUGCAUAUAUAAGUCAGCCAGGCCACAGGGGGGCAGUAAUGAGCCUUAUAAGCUGAUCUUCCUUGGCAGAGGUUGCACAACUCAGAAACUCGACCAAAAUUGCUAAAAAUCGCAUAAAAUCUCAGAAAACCUUGCAAGACUUUAAUUUAGCGAGCAUCAAAAGAUUCUUUGGCCUUAAGUUUGUUGGAGGCUUACUUUAAAAAGAAGAAGAAAGUAAGAAGAUCAGAUGAAGUCUACACGAGAAAUGAAGUAAGUUGAUGAUUCAGCGGUUGUGUUUUUGUUUUAAAAGUUACAUUGCAGUGUUUUCAUAUUUUUGCAGAGACGAGACCAAAGAUGACCGCUAACGUUAAACCGCCGACUCGCCUACACGGGCCGACAGACGGAAUGUUACCAAGGGAAAAAAGGAAGGCAGAAGUUUGUAAACACUGAAGGUGACAAACCCCAAAGUGAGGUAAUGAUGACUUGUAGAAGAUGAGCCGAAUGAGAAGAUUGGGCUUUCCUGCGCCAUCCUUCACGGACGUCCUCUUUCGCUUUCCUAG